AUGGCGCCAAACAGUAAUGACACCGAGAUUAUCAACCCUAAUGAAUAUUUAAGCAUACCCGAAUGGAUUAAUGAAGCCUAUUUUACACCAAUUCUUGAAAAAGAUGUAGAGAAUUUCAAAGAAACAUCUAAAUUUAAGGCAGUUGCUGCAACAGCGCCCGGUGAAAAUUAUACAUCGAUUAUGGUUCGUGUUGUCAUCGAUGUUAUAUUGACAGAUGGCGCUGCAAAACAAGUUUCAUAUAUCCUCAAAACCGUCUUAGAAAGCGGCAAUCAAAGUUCGGAAUUUGUCAAAUCGAUGAAUCUCUUCCCCAAGGAAAUGAAAAUGUAUUCUGAUUAUUUGGCUAAAUUUGAAAAACUCUACAAAGAAGCUGGUGUUGAGAUACAACUUGCUCCCAAAUGUCUACACUGUGAAGAUACACCCGAACGCACCGUUCUCGUAAUGGAAGAUUUAAGUAGAGAAAAAUUUAAAAAUAUGGAUCGUUUAAAGGGUUUCGAUUCGAAAUAUAGCCGUUUGGUAUUAGAAAAAUUAGCCGAACUGCAUGCAGCCUCAGCGGUAUGUGAUGAAGUGAAUGGACCCUAUGAUGAAAUUUUCCAUCGCAGUUUCAUAUCCGAUGCCAAUAAACAUAUAUUUGCUGCCAUGUAUCCAUCACGUACUCAUACAUGGUUUAAGGCAAUGCGUGAAUGGGGUCUGGAGGAAAUGGAAAAAUUCGAAGAGAAAAAAUUGGAUUUUGAAACAUAUUACAACGUCAAUAUAAAUAUCAAUAAAGUGAACCCGGACGAGUUCAAUGUCCUCAAUCAUGGUGAUAUGUGGGUCAAUAAUAUUAUGUUCUCACACGACGACGAAAAUGGUGAUGUUAAGAAGAGUCUCUUAGUCGAUUUCCAGUUGUGCAAAUGGGGUAGUCCAACACAAGAUUUAUGGUAUUUCCUAACCACUUCGGUUCAGGUUGAUAUUCGGGCACAAGAAUUUGAUAGUUUUAUUGCCACCUACCACAAACGUUUGGUGGAAUGUUUGAAGCUGCUGAAAUACUCCAAGAAAAUUCCCAGUCUGAAGGAAAUGCACAUAAUGAUGAUUAAGAAUUCGUAUUGGGCUCAAUUCACUGCAAUGUCUGUCACGGGCAAUAUCCUCUUUCCCAACGACAAAGAUGCCAAUAUGGAGAAUAUGUUAAAAAUGGGUCCCGAAGCUGAUGCCUUCCGUCACAAAGUUUUAACCUCACCCGUUUUUGUCAAUUCAAUGCUUCAAUGGUUUCCCUUCAUCUACAAUAAGGGAGCAUUCGAUGUUUAGAU